AUGGUCGACAAUCAGUGCACAGCCGGACCGGUGAAGGCAUACAUCAUGAGUGACCUGCUGAAGAAAUUCGAUUUUGACAACACCAACGAUUAUGUCAAGUUGACGCUGGCAAUAGUCGGAUUCUACGUGGGCAUGUUCUAUCUGGAGUACGUGGACACAGAGUACAGUUUAUGGCUCACGUGGUUCCUCACGCCGCUCAUUGUGACCUUCCUGCUGCCUGCCGUCAUCAUAGUGCUGAUCUACAUCAGCAGCAUCAUCUUCCACCUUUACAGGCUAUACAGAAUGCGCGUGGUGGACGGCGUACAGAAUGACUGGAGGCAAGCGGCGCGCCUCGCUGUCUGCGCUUUGUGGGACGCACACGGCUGGCUCUGGCAUGGCUACGACAUCCGCGGCCUGGAGAACAUCCCCGAUGGGCCGUGUCUCCUGAUCUACUACCACGGCGCGUUACCAAUCGACAUGUACUACUUAAACGCCAGGCUGUUCCUGUUCAAGCGACGCCUCAUGUACACGGUCGCCGAUCGUUUCAUGUUCAAAAUACCCGGCUGGUCCUCGCUGCUGGAGGGGCUAUGCGUGAUCCCGGGAACAGUGCAGACGUGCGCGGGCGUCCUGCGCGCCGGCAACUCGCUGGCCAUAUCGCCCGGCGGCGUGUACGAGGCUCAGUUCGGCGACCACUACUACAGGUUGAACUGGAAGUCGAGGAUCGGGUUCGCGAAGGUCGCCCAGGAAGCGAAAGUGCCCAUAGUGCCGAUGUUCACGCGGAACGUGCGCGAGGCGUUCCGCACGGUGGGCUGGCUGCGCGGCGUGUGCCUCCGGCUGUACGCGGCCACCAGGGUGCCCCUGGCGCCCGUCUACGGCGGCUUCCCGGUGAAGCUGGUCACGCACCUCGGCGAGCCGAUACCGUACGACGGCGCGCUCACGCCCGAACAGCUGCAGCGGAAGGUAGCGAGUGCAAUAGAGAAAUUAAUCGAAGAACACCAGAGGGUACCUGGGAACAUACUUCUCGCUCUAACGGAGAGGAUAUACGAAAUGCCGAAGAAGAGAAAGUAUUCAAAACCAGUCAAUGGCGCUUGCCAGAACGGCUUGCAGAAAGAGAAGGAAGACAGCCCGUGCGGCGAGUGCGACAAAGACAAAACGAACAGUGUCGUAAUGGACCGAACAACGCUUUCGAAUGUAGAUCUUUGCGAGGUAACCGAUAUCCCGGUU